ACCAUAUCAUCUAAGAUUCUGGAAGAGGUAUCUGCAGUUUUCACUCCAGAGGAUAAGAUGAUAUCUACUACAACUUCUUCUGUCAAAGAAGACAGGGUUUUUCUGGGAGAUAGUCAAGGACCACUUGAAGUUUAUCAGCCUUAUGUACAAGAUUCUCCUAAAGCUUAUGAGGAUGUUCAUGGGCAUCUAGAAGAAUUUCAUAAAGAUCAAAAGUUCCAGGUUUCUCAAGAGGAUAUUCAAGGCCUUCUUAAAGAUCAUGAGACUAUAAUUUUGGAGAAUAUUUUACCCAGUGAAAAAAGUCUUCCAAGGAUUUACAAAGAGGCAGUAGAUCUUAAAGAAGAUUUAUCAGACACAGAAAGACUUCUGUUAACAAAUCAGUUGAAAAAUCUGAAUGAGAUUCAACAAGCACAGACUCUUAUUCUGGUAGAAGCAGGACAAAAUGUUGGGAAGACAAUAGAUGACCUCUCAGACAAUAGAAAAAGUUUGCUUGCAAAUAUAGCAUCAAAUACAGAAGUUCUUCAACAUAUGGUGGCUGUUGAAGCUGGCCAGCCAGGCAGCAGCACUGAGAAAGAUAUAAAUGAACUAUCAGAGAAGAGAAGAUUUCUGCUUACCAGUCUGAAAUCAAAUUUGAAAGAUCUGCAACAAGCAAAGGCGCUUGCUGCUAGCCAACCAAGCAGUAUGAAUGAGAAAAAAGUAUAUGAGCUAACUGAACAAAGAAGGAUGUUGACUUCAAGUUUAGAAGCAAAUCUACAAGAUCUGCAACAAGCCCAAGCUCUUGCAGCAGGCCAAGUAGUAAAAUGCAGACCUGAUGGUGAUGAGAGGAAACUGUAUGAGCUAUCAGAAGCAAGAAAGGUUUUACUUGCAAGUCUGGAAUCAAAUCUGAAAGAUCUGCAACAAGCACAGGCUUUUGCAUCUAGCCAACCAAGCUCUAUGACUGCGAGCAAAGUAGAUGAGCUAACCAAGAAAAGAGAGAUUCUGGCUGCAAAGCUGGAAGAAAAUCUAAAGGAUCUGCAACAGGCACAGGAUUUUGUAGCAGGCCAGAGAGGAAAGGAGAGAUCAAGUGAGAAAGAGAGACUACAAUUACCAGACUUUAGGAAGGUAGCAAGUCAACUAUCAAAUUCGCAAAUACCGAAGUCAGUGUCAUCACUUGCAGGUCUGCAGCUAACAUUAAGUGAACUAUCUGGCAGCAAAAUGACACACUUAGAGACAAAAAGACUCCUGCCAGAAAGACAACCAUUAAGUGGUAAAAGUACACAGCUGGACCAUACUCUUUCAGCACUCCUGCCUCAAGACCAAAACACUAAAAAUGACAUGGAACAGAUAGCAUUAAGAAAACGUCUCCUGCUUGCAAAUCUGCCUUCAGCUUUUCCAAAUAUACCUCCACUGCCAAAUCUACCACCACUCCAAUUAAGCCUCACUGAGAAUGAAAUACAAGAAUUAUUAGACAAAAAAAGGCACCUGCUUACAAGUCAAAAAUUCAAUCUGGACUAUCUAUCACAAGCAGAGGCUCUUGCACAGAUCCAGUUACAACAAAACAACAUCAUUGGGAAGGAAGCUCAACAGUUACCAGACAUUGAAAUUUGUCAGAAGAAAAAGAUAGUAAAGAAAUCUUCACACAAUAAAGACCUUAAUAAGGGAGCCUUACUGAGUCCUCAGAACACAGGCAAGGAAACACUCUGUAUUUCUGGAAAGGGUUAUAGUGUGCUGAGCUCAAGGUCUUCAGAAUUAAAAAAGGAUCCAAGACAUUACUGAGAAAGUGUAUCACAAGAGAUGAGAGAACAGCAGAGACUCCGACUUGGACCAUGCAGCAGUGAGAAGGAACUGAGAGCAUGGUCGGUCUACCCUUUAUUGCCUCGGCAAAACUAGGAGGUAAAGCAAGGGCAUGCGUGUGGACCAACAGACACUACUGCUUUCAAAAUCUUUGGCUCCAGACACAUGGAGUGCAUUGUGCGUUUAACUCUCAGUGGAAUACAAUAGGGACCAUUUCGCAAAGAACUGUUAAGUCCCAUCAGUUUUACAACCUCUCUCCUUUCAGAUU